AUGAGUACUACUAUAACUACAUUAAGCUUCCUUCCAAAUACAACCGGCCUGGCUCAUGGGACUAAUUACAGUGGGACUGUGCAAAAGGCAGAGCCAUCAUAUGCUGUUCUCAAGUUCAUGGAGAGCUUCUGCCUCAUCAGCUCUGCCUGUGGGAUGGUGGGAAAUGGAAUGGUCCUGUGGUACCUUGGCUUCCGUAUCCGGAGGAAUCGCUUCACUGUCUACAUUCUGAACCUGGCUGCUGCAGACUUUGGAUAUCUGCUCUGCAUUGCCAUUGAAACUGUUCAGUACUUGAUGCAGUUCAAUGUGGGCGUGCAGUUUGGGAUAUUCCUCUUCCUGGAUCUUUUCAUGUACGGGACUGGCUUGUAUCUCCUGACAGCCAUUAGCAUUGAGAGAUGCCUGUCUGUCCUCUGUCCCAUUUGGUGCCGAAGCCAUCGUCCAAAGCACUUGUCUGGCAUCAUCUCUGGCCUGCUCUGGUGCGUCUCCUUUCUGCUAAACACACUGGGGUACAUUUCUUGCACUGUUCGCCCCUCUAGCAACUGCCAUGUACUCCUCAUCACCAUCGGAGUCCUGGACUUCCUCUUCUGCACCCCUCUCAUGCUGGUAUUCAGUCUCACCCUCUUUCUCAAAGUCAAGUGCAGCUCACAGAACCUCCAAACAGGGAGGCUCUUCACUGUGAUUAUGCUCACCGUCCUCUUUUUCCUCAUUUUUGCUGUUCCUCUCAGCAUCCUGAUCCUCUUUGACUUUUGGGGCUAUAAAUUCCUCUACUCUCCAGAGAUUGGUUUUGUGCUGUCCUGCGUUAAUAGCAGCCUCAAUCCAGUUAUUUACUUCAUUGUGGGCAGCUACAGGGAUCGGAGGAUUCGACUCACCCUCAGGCUGGCCUUCCAGAGGGCCUUUGAAGUUUCAGCAGAUGACAAAGAUGAACGGGAAACCCAUGAAACAGUGACUAUGUCCUCUUAAUACCCUGCUAAUAUGCCUAAUAUGAUUACUGUACUCUGGA